AUGGACGACGGCCCGCGACAAGUGGAGCAGCUCGUCAAGAGCAAGAGCAAAGAUGGCACGCAGACGCUGGAGCUUCCAGACGUGACGGUUCAGUGGCACGUGUCGGUCGAGUCGGGUCUCCAUAGCGUCUUGCAGCGCUUGCGAAGCGCCCGUGGCGGAUCUGAGUCGUCAGAGCGACACACAACGCUCGAUAGUGCCGCAGCGACAGGAAAGUUCCGUCCUCUGCCGAUGCGACCGCUGGUUGUGGCUGUUUGGAUGUACCCGCCUCAUAUCGAGCUCCCACUCACGGGGGAACGGGUCCCCGUCAGCGUCAUUGUAAAGCAAGACUUUUUCAGUGAGGCAGGUGAAGAUGAUGUCCAGGACAACGUGAACGUGUCGUCGGAAGAUGUGAUUGAUGACUUACACUGA